AUGUCUGUGCGUGGCCGGUGCGCCAAGGUGCUCCCCUCUGAACUGAACAAGGUGUGCCCUGAGAGAGGAGAUGAGCCUGCCACACACCCCAGGAAGAUGAGCGACUUCGAGGUGGUCCCCAACCUGCAGCAGAGCAGUAGCAGCGUCUCAAGGAGCAGGCGGAAGGCACAUUUCCCCACUGGCAGCAAUGAAAAGGAAAACCUCAUCUCCUGGAUUCCUGAAAACAUCCGAAAGAAGGAAUGCACCUAUUUUGUGGAAAGCUCCCAGACAUCAGAUUCUGGGAGGAUUGUUUGUGAGUGUGGCUAUCUCAGGGAACAGCACCUGGACGAUGCUGCCAAACCCCCCAUCUUCCUGGGGAAGGAAUGGGAUCCCAGCAGGCACAUCCAGGAAAUGCCAACGGAUGCCUUCGGUGAUAUCCGCUUCACAGGGCUGGGACAGAAGACAGGGAAGUAUGUGCGUGUCUCCUCGGACACCCCUCCACGGGUCAUCUACCACCUCAUGACACAGCACUGGGGCCUGGACGCUCCCAACCUGCUCAUCUCAGUCACUGGGGGAGCCAAAAACUUCAUCAUGAAGCCAAGGCUGAGGAACAUCUUCCGGCAAGGGCUGGUCAAGGUGGCCCAGACCACAGGAGCCUGGAUCAUCACAGGGGGGUCCCACGCUGGUGUGAUGAAACAGGUGGGAGAGGCAGUGCGAGACUUCAUCCUGAGCUGCAGCCACAAGGAGGGCGAGAUUGUCACCAUUGGCAUUGCCACCUGGGGGACCGUGUACAACCGCGAGAGCCUCGUCUGCCCCAUGGGGGGCUUUCCUGCUGAAUAUGUGCUGGAUGAGGAGAACCAAGGCAGCCUGUCAUGCCUGGACAGCAACCACUCCCACUUCAUCCUGGUGGAUGAUGGGACCCACGGGAGGUAUGGGGUGGAAAUCCCCCUGAGGACCAGGCUGGAGAAGUUCAUUUCAGAGCAGACCAAGGUGAAAGGAGGUGUUGCCAUCAAGAUCCCUAUCGUGUGUGUGGUGCUGGAAGGAGGCCCUGGGACUCUUGAUACCAUCUACAAUGCCAUCACCAACGGGAUCCCCUGUGUGAUUGUGGAAGGGUCUGGGCGCGUGGCCGAUGUCAUCGCGCAGGUGGCCAACCUGCCCGUGGCCAGGAUAAACAUUGCCUUGAUCCAGAAGAAACUGAGCAUCCUCUUCCACGACACCUACGAGCUCUUCACUGAGAGAAAACUGGUGGAGUGGACCAAGAAGAUCCAAGACAUAGUGCGGAGCAGGCAACUCCUGACCAUCUUCAGAGAGGGUAAAUAUGGCCAGCAGGACGUGGAUGUGGCCAUCCUCCAGGCCCUCUUCAAAGCAUCCCGAAACCAGGACCACUUUGGUCAUGAGAACUGGGACCACCAGCUGAAGUUGGCUGUGGCCUGGAACAGGGUGGACAUUGCCCGAAGCGAGAUCUUCACAGAUGACCACGACUGGAAGCCUGCAGAUCUCCACCCUGUGAUGGCAGCUGCCCUGAUUUCCAACAAGCCAGAGUUUGUGAAGCUGUUCCUGGAGCAGGGAGUGUGUCUCAAGGAUUUUGUCACCUGGGACACCCUGGUUUACCUCUACGACAACCUGGCACCAUCCUGCCUGUUCCACAGCAAGCUGCAGAAGGUGCUGCUGGAGGAGAGAGAGCACACAGCCGGCUCCAAAAUGCCGAGGCUCCAGAUGCACCACGUCUCCCAGGUGCUGCGGGAGCUGCUGGGCUGCUCCACACAGCUGCUCUACCCCAAGCCCAAGCACACGGAGCGGCCCCGGCUCUCCAUCCCCGUCCCACACAUCAAGCUGAACGUGCAGGGGUCAAGCCUUCGGUCCCUCUACAAGCGCUCUGCUGGCCGAGUCACCUUCACCAUGGACCCCAUUCGGGAUCUGCUCAUCUGGGCUGUGGUCCAGAACCGCAAGGAGCUGGCAGAAAUCAUCUGGGCCCAGAGCCAAGACUGCAUGGCAGCUGCACUGGCCUGUAGCAAAAUUCUGAAGGAGCUGGCCAAGGAGGAGGAGGACACAGACACCACCGAUGACAUGCUGGCCCUGGCUGAGGAGUACGAGCACAAGGCAAUUGGUGUGUUCACAGACUGCUACCGCAAGGAUGAAGAGAGAGCCCAGAAGCUUCUCACCCGUGUCUCUGAAGCCUGGGGGAAGACAACUUGUCUGCAGCUGGCGUUGGAGGCCAAGAACAUGAAUUUUGUGUCCCAUGGGGGUGUCCAGGCUUUUCUAACCAAGGUCUGGUGGGGGAAGCUGUCUGUGGACAACAGCCUUUGGCGGGUGAUUACGUGCAUGCUGUUCUUCCCCCUGCUCUACACCAACCUCAUCACCUUCAGGGAGAAGAGGCUGCAGCCCAUGGGCUGCCUGGCACACCUCCGAGCCUUCUUCACAGCACCCAUCGUCAUCUUCCUCAUGAACAUCCUCUCUUACUUCACCUUCCUCCUGCUCUUCGCAUACGUCCUGAUGGUUGACUUCCAGCCGAUGCCGUCCUGGCGGGAAUACCUCAUUUACUUCUGGCUCUUCUCCCUGGUGUGCGAGGAGACCCGCCAGCUGUUGUAUGAUCCAGAUGGACUCGGGGUUGUGAAAAUGGCUUCUCUGUACAUCAAGGACUUCUGGAAUAAGCUGGAUAUUUGUGCCAUCCUAGUCUUUAUUGCGGGGCUGACUUGCAGGCUGAUCCCAUCAACAUUAUAUCCUGGGCGCAUCAUACUGUCCCUGGCUUUUAUCAUUUUCUGCCUGCGCCUGAUGCACAUUUUCACCGUCAGUAAAACCCUGGGGCCCAAGAUCAUCAUUGUGAAGCGCAUGAUGAAGGAUGUCUUCUUCUUCCUCUUCCUGCUGGCAGUGUGGGUGGUGUCCUUUGGGGUGGCCAAGCAGGCUAUCCUGAUCCACAACGAGGAACGUGUGGAGUGGCUUUUCCGUGGCGUGGUCUACCAUUCCUACCUGACCAUCUUUGGGCAGAUUCCCUCCUACAUUGAUGGGGUCAACUUCAACAUUGACCAGUGCAGCCCCAACGGGACUGACCCCUACAAGCCCAAGUGCCCAGAGACAAAUGCGGACAACAAGGAACCCAUCUUUCCAGAAUGGCUGACGGUCAUCUUGCUGUGCCUGUACCUGCUCUUCACCAACAUCCUCCUCCUCAACCUCCUCAUUGCCAUGUUCAACUACACCUUCCAGCAGGUCCAGGAGCACACAGACAAGAUCUGGAAGUUCCAGCGGCACGACCUGAUCCAGGAGUACCACGGCCGCCCACCCGCACCGCCACCCCUCAUCCUGCUCAACCACCUGCAGCUCCUGGUCCAGCGUGGCUUGCUCCACCGGCCAGCCACGCACCACAAGCUCAAGGAGAAGCUGGAGAAGAACGAAGAAGCUGCCCUUCUCUCAUGGGAGAUGUACCUGAAGGAGAACUACCUGCAGCACCAGCAGUGCCAGGAGAAGCAGAACUCGGAGCAGAUGAUCCGGGACAUUGCACAGAGGGUUGAUGUACUGGCAGAGCUGCUGGACUUGGAUCAGGUGAAGAGGACGGGAUUAGUGGAGCAAAGACUGGGCUCUCUGGAAGACCAGGUGCAUCAGAGCGCCCAGGCCCUCAGGUGGAUGAUGCAGGCGCUGAGGGGCAAUGGCUUCAGCUCAGGCGAGGAUGUGCCAGCCAUGGGCUCCUCCAAAGCCUUGGAGGCCAAGGAGAUUGACCUGAAGGGGAAGCCCGAGGAGAGCCGGCCCCCGUACCACGUGCUUGCCCGAAACCUCCUGUACCCAGGGUCUCACACUCUCCGCUUCCCUGUGCCAGAUGAGAAGGUGCCCUGGGAGGUGGAUUUCCCGCUCUACGACCCCCCUGCAUACUCGGCUGACCACAAGGACAUGGCUGUGCAGGACCCCUUCAGCCUCUCCUUGGAGUCUCUCCUGAAGAUCAACUACAACACCAUGGAUGGGCUGAUUGACCGGCAGAGCUUCCACGGGCUCUACGCCGUGCAGGACGGGCUGCCACUGAACCCCAUGGGCAGGACAGGGCUGAGAGGCCGUGGGAGGCUGCACUGCUUUGGGCCCAACCAUGCCCUGCACCCUGUUGUGACCCGCUGGAGGAGGAAUUUAGAUGGGUCCAUUAUAAGGAAGAGCCUGAAGAAGACGCUGGAAGUCCUGGUGGCCCAAUACCCCCUGUCAGAUGUCUGGGCUCUGCCUGGGGGGUCACUGGAGCCAGGCGAGACGCUGCCACUGAAGCUCAAGUGGAUCCUGCGCCGGGAGUUCUGGCCCCAGUUCCAGAACCUGCUGAAACAAGGCACUGAGGUACACAGGGGGUACCUUGACGACCCACGCAACACAGACAACGCCUGGGUGGAGACGGUGGCCAUCAGCGUGCACUUUGACAGCCAGAACAACGUGGAGAUGAAGCGGCUGAACUCGUUCCUCCAGGGCUGUGACCCGGAGCUGUGCAUCCGCUGGCAGGUGCUGGACAAGAGGAUCCCCCUGCACACCAACCACAAGGAGCUCCUGCACAAGGUCUCAGCCCUUCUUGGUGCCUACUACUGA